CGCCAAGAGAUUACGUCCACUUCCUCUGAUUCUCCAAACCUUCAAAUCUUCUUCUUUUUUUUUCGGAAGAAUUCAAUUAUUUACUCUUUUUUAUCAAAAAAUUAUUUUAUCUUAACUAUUGUCAAAGUCCAUGUGAUACAAUCUCUUGUCAUCUUCAUCUUUCUCUUCUCUAUCCAUUCUUCAUCUCUCUAAUGGCAGACUCCAGGGAACUCAACACCGCGAGCCGCCGCAUCUCCGUCGUCUCAAACCAUCUCAUCCCCAUCGAAACACUUCCAACUCGUGUUGACUCAGUGGAACUCUCUACUGCUUCAUCAAUGAAUGAUAAUUACCAUAAGGUUCACGGUGAAGUGCCAACUCACGACGUCGUUUGGAGAAAAGCUGAUCUGGUCGGGGACGGAGGAGAAACAAAAGAGUUUGUUGAUAUUAUAUAUGAGAAAGCUGUCGGUGAAGAUAUCGCGAAGAUAACUAUAAACCGGCCGGAGAGAAGAAACGCGUUUCGGCCUCAGACUGUGAAGGAGCUUAUGCGUGCGUUUAAUGACGCCAGAGAUGAUAGCUCUGUAGGUGUCAUCAUACUUACAGGCAAGGGAACUAAAGCGUUUUGCAGUGGAGGUGAUCAAGCGUUGAGGACAGCAGAUGGUUAUGCUGAUCCCAAUGAUGUUGGUCGACUUAAUGUCCUUGAUCUCCAGGUGCAAAUCCGCAGACUGCCAAAACCAGUUAUUGCAAUGGUUGCUGGCUAUGCUGUUGGAGGAGGACAUAUCUUGCACAUGGUCUGUGAUCUAACCAUUGCAGCUGACAAUGCUAUUUUUGGUCAGACGGGUCCUAAGGUUGGAAGUUUUGAUGCUGGUUAUGGAAGUUCCAUCAUGUCUCGUCUGGUUGGUCCUAAAAAGGCACGAGAAAUGUGGUUCAUGACGAGAUUCUACACAGCUUCAGAAGCAGAUAAAAUGGGACUUAUCAAUACAGUUGUACCGCUAGAGGAUUUGGAGAAAGAGACUGUGAAAUGGUGCAGAGAAAUCUUGAGGAACAGCCCUACUGCGAUCCGUGUGCUUAAGGCAGCACUGAAUGCGGUCGAUGAUGGCCAUGCUGGACUUCAGGGUCUAGGAGGUGAUGCGACGCUCUUAUUCUAUGGAACCGAAGAAGGUAUAGAAGGAAGAACGGCUUAUAUGCAACGCCGACCACCGGACUUCUCUAAAUUUCCCCGGCGACCUUGAACUCACUACUAAGCUCAGUUCAGGUGGUUUCAUACAAACAUUUGUCCUCAUUUCAUUUCAAUCAAAUUCCUUUGUUUUGUUUGCCAAAUUUAUUCAGAUUCAGACUUAACUAUUAUAAGACAUCCUGGCUUGGACGUUUGAAACAAACACUCAAGGCAUGUUACUUCCUCCCAUUUUUGCGUUAGAUAGGCAAUGAGAUACAGAAACUAGGACACAGAUGACAGAUUGAAGUAGACAACAACAACAUGUUUUGACCAAACUAGCAACAAAAGAAAGAUUUCAAACACAGACACAACAUUACAAGAAGCUUAGUAGCGUUACCACACAAAAGAAAUUAAACAUAGCCAAGCAAGACAGAAAGAUGCAACUCUGUUCAAUGAUCUCCGAACCCUGAAGUUUGGUCUACAAUGGCAGCCACAACGUCCUUGGACUCCUUCAAGAGCUUCACACUCUUCUUAAGCUUCUCCCUCUUCAUGGCCACCGAUGGAGACUCCUCUAGCAUCCUCUCAACUCCACCACCGCCUCUAGGAUCCACCAUUUCAGCCACAAUCUCCUUCUGAAACUGAGUGUUCACCAGUUUCUUCACAGAGAACUGAAGAUACAAAGCAAGGUUAUCCACAAUCCUUCCAAGGACGAUCUUCCAGUAAGAUGUAAUCCUCAUCUUCAUGUCAAACGCUUGCUGCAGCAAAUGAGCGUGAUACUUCCUCAGAUGUGAGAUCUUCACAACCCCAAAUCCAUUGAGAGAGAAGUUCUCAGGCUUCUCCUCAUCAUGCAAUACAGCAUGGAUGAAGCUUUGCUGUGAAGCUGUCUUCUCGGUCCAAGAUGUCAUGUAAUCAGGGUUACAUGUGUAGUCAGUCAGCUUCUCCAUCUCAACGAUCUCAGCAACUCUGUUCACAGACUGCUCCUUC